CUAAGCAUACUACUUUCGUGAUGCAGACCACCGUAAAUCGCUCAAACUGCUCCCGGUCGCUUGCACAUGGCUGCAAGCAGGCGCCACCAAAGCCACGCUCCCUUGCUAGACGCCAUGCUGCCAAAGUCAGCAACUCACAGUCCUCACCACAUGUCGAGCUCAGCGAGCAUGGCAGCUGGGUGUCACAAUCUCGACGUGCUGCGAUGCUCGGUGUGCUCGCGACGGGCGCAGCGAUGACUCUGUCGCUUCCGCGGGCGGCGCAAGCAGAUGACUUCGUAACUCUCCCUUCCGGCAUCAAGGUGCUGACUAUCAGGGAGGGCGAGGGUGCUACGCCGCAGCCGGGUGACACCGUGGAGGUGCACUGGGCGGGCUUCACCAAGGGCUACCAGGGCAAGGUAAUUGAUCAUCGGCUGCAGUCGUACCCGGAGCGGCGGGCGCAUCGCAUUGACAACACCAGUGUACGGGAUGAGCCCUACGAGUUUAAGCUGGGCAGCGGGCAGGCCAUCAAGGCGUUUGAGAUCGCUGUGUCAAAUAUGAAGGCCGGAGGCAUUGUGCGUGUGGAGGUGCCUGGUGAGCUGCCCGACCUGGCCUACCCGCUGGACCGCAGCCAGCGCUUCACGGGCGAGCUCAUCAGCCAGGACCUCAAGAUCUACAAGUACAGGUACGGCCCUCAGCCCGCGGAGCUGGGAGGUCAGCGCGCCCUAGACUUUGUGCUGGACAACACAACCCUGCGCCCUUUCAACCGCACCUUGCUGUUCGACAUAAAGCUGCUGGCCGUGCGCAAGCAGCGGUGAUUGGGCGGGGCUUCUUAUGGCUUAAAGGUUAGGUAGGUUGAGGCCUGCCACUGACGGGCCAGAUGUGAUGAGGAUAAGGACACGAUGGCGCAGUGAUUGGGGUUGACUAAAAUGCGUGGUGGCUGCUUGGCUGCUCGUGGAAGCAGCGCAUGCAGCGAGAACUGCGAAGGUGGAGUGGGCGGGAAGGCGUGAGGAGGGUUGCAUGUGGUGGAUGGCGCGCACGUGCGGGGCUGGCUGCAGGCCUUGAUGUAAACCGCCGCCACUGGGGCGUGCGUGCGUGCUCACCACUGUGCGUGAGCAUGGAUGGUCACAAGAUAUGUUCCUUGAUUGGGAUGUUGGUUGCAAUGGAACCUGAUGGAACUCAGGCUUGCAUGCAUGUCAGUCAGGGAUGCGCGAUGCUGCACAUGGCGUGAACUGAGGAAGCCAACAGGGUUUUAUGUUGCCAUGGGGCAAAAGGCCAACAGCAUGUACAAUUGAUGAAAUGCGGCAGGUGCCUCA